AUGUUCAAUGUUAAUGAUUCUGUCGAGAGAAGGUCAUCAAUUUUCAAACCCGGAGGACAGAUAGGAUUAAUCUGUGACGGAAACUCCUUCUGCCUGAAUCAUCUCGGAACCUCCUCUUUCAUAAUAGUCUCUGCUCUUAGCCAGUUUGUAGUAUACGAUUCCCUGUCCCUAAGAGUGGUUUUUAUAUCACUGCCAUUAAAAUCUAACAUUAAAUCUAUCGCAUCUGAGUAUGAAAAUGUAUAUUUAGUAUUAAAGGACAAUUCAGUAGAAAUAACACAUGAACAUAACUCUGAGAUAAUUGCUAUUUUUCACCACCAGAGUCAGCUGGUAACAUACACAGCAUCAGAGCUAAUUACAUACACGAAGGCAGCUUCUGAUGAUGAUAAUUCAGUCCCUAAGUGGAGCCUUGAAAAGGUUAUUACAAUGGAUAGUAACUCAGAGAUUACAGCUGUUUUGCCACUUUUAGGGAUGAAUAAUAAAGUUUUGGUGGGAUUUUCUGACUCUUCCCUAAUCUUACUGAACCUUAAAUCAGGGAAAACAUUAUACAAAUUUAGUAAACACCAGUGUAUUAAUAAUAACAAAGUGGACGAUGUUAAAAGUAAUAGCUCUGAUUUAGAGGGAGUAGCAGUGAUGGCACAAUCGUGUAAUACUAGUUCAGGAGUAGUGGCAAUAGGGUAUAAUAGUGGAUAUGUGUCAAUAUUUGAUGUUAAUAAAGAUGAAUUUCUGGGAGGAUUUAGCCUGACAAAGAAGCAAAAACAGCCAAAAUCUAUGAGUUUCGUGCUCGAUUAUCUUGGAAUCAGUUCAAAAUCCGAUUCUCUAACAAGGCCGGAACUCCUGGUGGUUGGAACAACAAGUGGGGAUUUGGUGGUCUUUGAUCUACUCAAGUUUACCCUAAUUUCAUGCAUAGAAUCGGCUCAUAGUACUUCAAUUAUCAGCCUAAUGCAUAUAGAAGCUGAUAAAUGCCUUAUAUCUUUGGGUGAAAAUUCAAUGAUAACCUGGACCAUGGACUCUGAUAAGACAUUUUUGAGAGAAUUGAGGAGUAGAAAAGGUUUUAUUGGAACAAUAAACAUCUUAACCCCCUAUGAUGAAGAAGAACAUGACUUGCUGGUGUGUACUAGUAAUGAAGGUUCUGGGAGUUUGGGGAAGAUUUCAACAAUUCAGCAGCAUCAAUGUGUGACCUUUUCAACAAAAUCUUCCAAAGUAAAGCUGAAGAAGAUAACUGGGAUAUCCUCGUGCUACCAAAGACAUUACGACUGGCCCAACAUAGUAACAUGUCACCAAAACUCACACCAGGUGCAUGUUUGGAGUGGAUUUAAGAAGAUCCUGACAGAGAAGGUGAUUAAAGUCCCUGAAAUGAACUCAAUUGCAACAUCUGUCUGCCUAACCAAGUGCGGCAAUUACGCAAUUGUGGGUUAUCAAAAUGGGCAAAUUCAUCUUUUCACUCUACAAAGCUGUAAUUAUGAUUCUGAGUUUACAAGAGGAAAUGAAAACGAAUCUUUACCAGCACAUUCAUCACAAGUUAUCAACAUUUCACUGGUUGGGAACUCCAAAAUCAUAUCAAUUUCAAAUUCCAAAACAGAUAGAAUGGUACGUGUAUGGGAUGUAAUAAAGGUAAAAUUGGAGUUGGAAUAUGACCCAGAGCUACCCAAGGGUGUAGGAGCGUACAAUUCAGCAGUCGGAAAUUUUUUGACUGCACUGGCCUGUACUGACGAUAACAUCUACGUACUGGACGUCAAAGGGAAUGUGAUUAUAAGGAAAAUUAAAUAUCACUCCAAAGUUAAUUCAAUGAAAUUUCAUAUGAAUGACAGUUGGCUGAUAAUUACUACGGAAAGAGGCACAAUGUUGGUGUACGAUAUAUUAUCGGCUUGUUACGUCGACUACGUUGAGUUUUUGGGGAACAUCUUGGAUUUCCAUAUGGAUUCUUCUGGCUCGUUUAUGUUAGUAUCAAAUGAAAGGGCGCCUGGAGUAGUAUUACAAUACGCAAAUAAACACGCCUUUGAGUUGUUUCCAAAGUCUAUACUGUAUAAAGAUAUACCAAAACAGCCCAUUCCAGUAGAUAUUCCUCCAUCAAAGAUUGAUUCGGACCAAAUGGUAGAGUCAGAAGAUGAGAAUAAAACUGAGGAAAUUGAAUUCAAGUCAACCAGAUCACAACUUGAGGCAGGACUAAUAACGUUAUCAGGGCUCACUUCUUCAAAACUCCAAACAAUGUUGUUUUUAGAUGAGAUUAAGGAGAGAAGUAAGCCAAAAGAACCACCUAAAACUAAUGAUAAUUUGCCUUUUUUUCUACCAACAACCUAUAAAGAUGGUCAGUUGGUGUUUGUGGAGCCUGAACCUGAGGAGAUAGAAACACCAAAACCAAGAGAAUCACUCCUAAAAUCCACAGACUCACAAACACAAUUUGAGCUACUUUUAUACUCAAACCAUGAAGAUAAGUUUGAAAGGAUGAUGGAAUAUUUGUUGGCACAGACUCCAGCAAUGGUACAUAUAUCAUUAGGGUUGUUUUCAGAAUCAAAAAUGGAUGAGACUUUGUGUGAAAUGUUGAGAUUUUUUCAGUAUCAAGUAAAGAGUAAAAGGAACGCGGACGCAUUGCAGGUUUUUCUACACCUUUUCCUCAAAUUCCAUGCUGAAAGACUUUCUAACCUUAAAAACCCAGAAGCCAAGAAGAUAAUGUGUGAACUAAAAACAGAUCUAAAGGGAGAUUACAAACUACUACAGGAAAGCUUUGAUAAAAUCUCCUGUUAUAUCAAAUUCCUUACACAUUUGCAAUUAGACUAA